AUGGCCACCACGUCGAAGUUGUCGUUCCGAGCCAGAAACCUCGAUGCCAACAAGGCGAUGUGUGUGUUCUUCGCCUCCGAACUCCCGGAUCUGUCAGAAUGUGCUCCGAUUGCUCGAGCAGUCGCUCAGAUGCCGACCGGCAUGGAGAAGGAGGAGGAGAUGGAAUCUCACCUCCAAGAUGCCAUUCUCGCACAACAAGCAAGUACUUCUGGAGUACGUGUCGACAAUCACGUCAUACCUACUCCGAAAGUGUUCCCUGUAGAUGCGAAACGUUAUGAUGAGGCAUAUCCAGUGCAACCACCUCCCCCGAAGAAUAGCCUUAUAAAAGUUCAAGCCUGGCUGGCUUUGGACAAAGAAGAGGCAGAAUAUGAUGUUGAUUCUGAGGAUGAGCAAUGGUUGGCCAAGAGGCCCCACAUUGAUCCACGCGCACUGGAACGGAUAUUUGAUACACUUGAAGCGAAGUCGUCUGAUAAUAACAUUUGCUUACCAGACACCGCUCGAUCUGCUCUUCUAGCAUUUGAUGAAGCCAUUGUUGAUGAUGUAUAUGAUUAUUGGCUGGCAAAGCGAGAGAAGAGCACAACGGUUCGAUCACUCCAACUUGGUGUCGGAGGUUUGAUACCCCGUGUACGCACUGAAUGUCGAAAAGACCAGCAGGGUGGAGUGAAUCCGUACGUCGCCUUUAGAAGGCGUGCUGAAAAGAUGCAGACAAGGAAGAACAGGAAGAAUGACGAAGAUUCGUACGAGAAGGUGUUGAAACUUGGACAUGAUCUUCGUAAAACUGUAACACUCUUUGAUAUGGUCAAAAGGCGAGAGAAGACGAAGAUAGCAUUGAUAGAUCUUGAUUCGGAAAUUCUCGCACAUCGAAUGGGAUUAUUAGAUUUUGGAUCAAAUAUCUAUAAUCAGUUCGUGGCCAAGAUUAGAGAGUCAGGAAAGCACGCCUCAACGGGUACUACUAACGGCGUUGCUAAAUCUGAGGACGAUGCCGUGCUUCGAAAGAAGGCUAAGCGAAGGAAGCUGAGAACAGUAGCU